ACUCCUAUAUACACAAUGUAAUCAUCGAUCAAUCGAAACUAGGACAACAUGAUACUAGUUUUUUCUUUUUCUCCAAAACUAAUAAAUUGAAACGUGACAUAACUUCUUCCUUGGUGAACUAAUACGAGCAUUCCAUUGUUGUUUCUUAAAUUCGCGUUCGUAGAAAAUAGAAGAUUUCCCGUUUGUAGAGAACAAAAAAGAAUGGCAACAAUUCCGAUGCUCAGAGCUUAUAAGAGGAGGUCAACUUCUACUUUCAGAUAUCUUAGCACAUUAAUUUUAGCCGAACACGAAGGUGGUUCUUUGAAGGCUCAAACCUUAAAUGCUAUAGCAGCUGCAAAUUAUUUGGGCAAGGAGAGUUCUAUUUCUCUGCUACUGGCUGGGUCAGGCCCUUCCCUUCAAGAAGCUGCUGCACAUGCUGCUUCUUGCCAUCCUUCCAUUUCUAAGGUGCUCCUUGCUAAAUCAGAUAAGUUUACAUAUCCUCUAGCUGAGCCAUGGGCUAAAUUACUCCAACUGGUUCAGAAGAUAGGCAGCUACUCGCACAUUAUUUCUGCUUCAGGUUCAUUUGGGAAAAAUAUAUUACCGCGUGCCGCUGCUCUUCUGGAUGUUUCUCCUAUUAGUGAUGUGAUUAAGAUUUCAGAACCUCACCUUUUUGUCAGGCCAAUAUAUGCAGGAAAUGCUCUUUGUACUGUUCGAUAUGUUGGUUCCAACCCGUGUAUGUUGUCCAUCAGAUCUACUUCUUUUCCAAUGAUCUCUAUGGCAGCUGAUUCGAAAUCUAAUCCCGCACCAAUUGAUGAAGUUGAUCUAUCAACCAUAGAUGAAGAUGGAAUCAGUAAAUCUAGAUAUAUACAACAAACAACCCAGGAAUCAGAACGCCCUGAUCUUGGGAAUGCACGUGUUGUCAUAACUGGGGGCAGAGCACUGAAAAGUGCAGAAAACUUUAAGAUGGUAGAACAGCUUGCUGAGAAACUUGGUGCUGCAGUUGGUGCUACUCGUGCUGCUGUUGAUGCUGGUUAUGUGCCCAAUGAGCUACAGGUCGGGCAAACUGGAAAGAUUGUUGCCCCAGAACUAUACAUGGCUUUUGGUGUUUCUGGAGCCAUUCAGCACUUGGCAGGAAUGAGAGAUUCUAAAGUCAUUGUCGCCGUAAACAAAGAUGCAGAUGCACCAAUAUUCCAGGUUGCUGAUUAUGGACUGGUGGGAGAUUUAUUUGAAGUGAUACCGGAGUUGUUAGAGAAGAUGCCUGAGAAAAAAUAGGCCAAAGAGAUUAUUUGAUCUUAUGUUGUUGAAGGUGGUACAGCUGCUAUAGUUUCUGUAAUAUCUAGCAACGGUACUGAUCGUUUACAUAGAUAUUCAACAUAGCAUCCCAUUUGUAUACCUUCGUAAUAAUAAAAUUACUGGGAGAGCAACUGGUCAAUAUGUAUUCAAAUAUGAUUUAGUAAUAAUAAGAAAAAGUAUUCUAAUAAAAA